UCAAUCAACUUGUUUACCAAAACUCUUAUUCAAUUUACGGAGUUUCGUUGCAUUCAAAUAAUCAUCGAAUCAAAAAGUUCUGUACCUAAUAGUAUUAGGCUAAUAUUGAUACACUUCGAUCUAUUUUCGAUUAAUUUUGAUGACAAUUUCUAAACCUUUUUUCAUGUGAAAUGGUGUCAAUCGUUGUGGUCAACUAAUUUUUCUCACUAUUAUCCCGUCGAUAAGUUCAAAUCGUGUUGAUUGACAUGGAGAUAAAUUUAUUACAAUUUUUACUCUAUUUAUCAUUUCUUAUUAAAAAUGUCCACUUGGAUCCAAAUGAUACAAAUAUUUCUUCAAAUUUAGAUAAUUUGGAAAAAUGUUAUGAGCACUUGGGUUGCUUUCCAAGGGUUGAAUUCAUUGACGUUGCUGGUGAAUCGAUGAUGCUUUUACCUCAAAGUUUCGAGGAGAUUAGCUUGUCAUUAAGAUUAUUCACUUGGAGAAAUCGACAAAGUCCAAUCGAUUUACAAUACCAUUUUGAAGAGUCUCAAUUGAACAAUUCAACUUACGAAAAAGGGUUGAAAAACAAAUUUAUCAUCCAUGGACUGGUCGAUUCUACUAAUGAAACAGAUUGGAUGAAUCAAGUCAGAGACAAUAUUCUUUCAGGAGUACCUAAAAAUUGGAACCGGUGGAUCAAACCGAUAAAUGUAUUCACAGUCGAUUGGUCGAAUGGCGCGAAAAAAGUCAACUCUUGUCAAUCGAUAGUGAACUCUCAAGUUGUUGGUACAGCGAUCGUUCAUUUUAUCAAACGACUUGAAAUGUUCUCGGCCUUGAAAAUGUCUGAUAUCCAUUUGAUUGGCUUCGGUUUAGGUGCUAAUAUCGCUGGCUAUGUAGGUGAAAGGAUAAAAGCUCCGUAUAUUGGACGGAUCUCUGGAAUAGAUUCCUUAGGUCCCGAUUUCUAUCAGAAUUUAACUUCACUUCGUUUAGAUCCAACUGAUGCUCUAUUCGUUGAUGCUCUUCACAAUUAUGAUACUAUUGGAGGUCCUCCUGUUGGAGAUGUUGAUCUUUAUCCAAAUGGAGGAUAUCAUAUGUGUAAUGAAUCGAAAGGAUUGUUCAUUGAUUCAAAUGGCACAUACGAUAAGGUGACGAAUGAAACUGUUUCAUGUAAUGAAAACUUUGCAGCUCAAUUAAUGUUGGUUAAUUCUGAAUCUUUCGACUGUCAAUUCGUUGGUUACCAAUGUUCAAGUUAUGAUAAAUUCGAGAAAGGUCAAUGUACCGUCGAUUGUGGUGAUGAUGGUAAAAAGUGUGUUCCAUUUCGUAUCUAUAGUGACCGCGUAUUCGGGCUUAAUUUGAAUAGAAAAACACAAGAUACUUUUUUUGAUGGAAAAUCUAAGAAAUAUUAUUUCAAGACGAGUGAUAAAUUCCCAUAUUGUCUUCAUCAUUAUGGAAUUAAUUUCACUUUGUCUAACUAUUCUGAGCCUGGACUUGCAUCAAUUACUAUUAACCUUGAAAGUGAAAAAGGAAACGCUUAUGGACUCAACAUCUCAGAUAAUUUCUCGAACUUUGAGCCUGGUGGUAAAUACACUUACCUUUUAACUUCUGAAAUAAACUUAUAUCCACUAAAAAGAGCUACAAUCAAAUGGACAUUUCCAAAAGCCGAUGAUUAUAAUUCAUCAAAAAAUAUUUCUAAUCCCAGAAUAUUCAUACUAAGAAUAUCAGUCAAAUAUUUUCUGAAGCUUUUCUACAGAAUAAAUAGCGAUCUGUGUCCUGAACAUUCACCAGAGUUUCCAAAUGGAAGCCAAGAAUCAUUCGUUCCUUGUUGGUACCCAUAUGAUCCCGAUGAACCUUUAGGUCUUGGCCUCGUUUAUAAGCCGCCGCCAAAGAGUAGUAACUCUGAAGAAAACGAUGAAGAUUCAACUAAGAAAUCGGAAAUUGAAAAGUUAAAGAACCUCGCUAAUCAACAAGGAAGUUCUCGAGGAGUGCUUUUUGGAAAAAAUCGGAAUCUAUUCACUACAACUGAGAAUCCAGAAUAAGAAGACAAUCAACCUAAACAUGAUUGUAAUUCUCAUAAUAAAUGACUGAAAAUGUCUCAUUUCUUUUA